CGAAAGUCAGCUGCCGCAACUCCUGAGCGUGACCUAAGCCGCAUCUGAUUGGGCCCUUCCAUCCCUUCAGCCUGCGGGAGCCCCGGUUCGAGCGGACGCUUCUCCUUCUCUUUCCCCCGAGCCGUCGCUUCUCUAGCCCGCGUUCAACAUGGCGCUGAGCGAUGCCGAUGUUCAGAAGCAGAUUAAGCACAUGAUGGCUUUCAUUGAGCAGGAAGCCAAUGAAAAGGCAGAAGAAAUAGAUGCUAAGGCUGAAGAGGAAUUCAACAUAGAGAAAGGUCGACUUGUUCAGACACAAAGGUUGAAGAUCAUGGAGUACUAUGAAAAGAAAGAAAAACAAAUAGAACAGCAAAAGAAAAUUCAGAUGUCCAACCUGAUGAAUCAGGCAAGACUGAAGGUUCUCAAAGCAAGAGACGAUCUAAUUGCAGACUUGCUGAGCGAAGCCAAGCAGAGACUGGCUAAAGUAGUGAAGGAUACAGGCAGGUACCAAACCCUGCUGGAUGGCUUAGUACUACAGGGAUUGUAUCAAUUACUUGAGUCUAGAAUGACUAUCCGUUGCAAGAAACAGGAUCUUCCCUUAGUAAAGAAUGCAGUCCAGAAGUGUAUUCCAAUGUACAAAACUGCCACCAAAAAAGAUGUUGAUGUUCAUGUUGAUCAGGACAAUUUUCUUCCAGAAGACAUAGCUGGAGGUGUUGAAAUUUAUAACAGUGACAAUAAAAUUAAGGUAGCUAAUACACUGGAAAGUCGUCUGGAUCUCAUUGCUCAGCAGAUGAUGCCAGAGAUCCGGACAGCACUUUUUGGUGCCAACAGUAACAGGAAGUUCAUGGACUAAAUUUCCUGGAACGCUGGUGGAAUUCUCUUCCGCUGUUGUGCUGAGGGGAAAUGCUGGAGCAUUUCCAAUGAAACAACGUCCCUUCCCCCAAAAUGUACUACAUGCUCUAUUGUGUUACCUGAAUAUGUUUUUUCAGUUAAAUUAUUAACUUUUGCAUACUUGCUGUGCUUAGUCUGAGAGAAAGGCAGGAAGAACUUUUUCCAGAGAGUAGUGGCGCGGCAUCCAAAAAUGAAGGCAUUUUGCACUCUUUGAGCCAGACUGAGGAGAGAAAUCAUUUGGAGCUCUGUUGUCAUUCUCCAGUAUUGUUCCUUCCCUCAAAACAUACCACCAGUCUGUGCUGCUUUAUCUAUUUUAUUCCUUUCCAAAGCUUACGUUCCAUGUGCCGACGACUGCAAACCCCACAAGAUCCCCAAUCUGGUGCUUCCCAGGCCGGGAAAAAAAAGCAACUCACGUUAACUUGGUUUUAGUCCCAGAAUUUUGUUCUGUAUAUGUGAUUGAAACUAUAUAAAUAUAUGUAUACACACUCUCAUUGUGCUGAAGUUUAUUAAAAUUAAAAGCAUGCAAUCUUGUGUUUGAUUUAUUUGUUGUUGUUAUAGCAGAGGACAGAUGGUUACAUCCACAUGCAGUUUAUGAAAACAAAUGGCAGCUGUGGUUUGUCAGAUAUGGAAAGAGAUUUGGGGAACCUGAGGUGGAGUUAGCUCCUUGUAGAAUCAAAAUCUUCACAUUAACAUUAGGAAAAAAAGUGUAUUUCUGAGUAUAAAUGUUGAUUAAUUAGAGGCUUUCUGGAAAUUUGAAGAGUAAUCCUAGUUUACAAACUUUAAGAAGCUCAAACUAUAUGCUGAAAUACUAGAUAGUUUAUAUCCAUCUCUCUCUCACCUGUUUUCUAUAUACAAUGUAAUCCUCUUAACUCAAAUUAGGAUGAGAGUGUUCUGCCAGAAUCACUAAGGCGACAAGACUAGUUAAAUAUCUUCUGCAAACCAGGUCAUAAUGUAAGCUAUAGAAAUGGGUUUAAAUGUAUCAGUC